AGCGUAGAGCUCUUUCAUUUAUGCAUGAAAGAUUACAGUGUGCAAAGUAAGAGGGGAAAAAACUUGAUGUUAUAUACACAGAAAGAGAAUUUAUAAAUAUCACGUGAAAGUGUACACCAGGAUUGGAGACAUGUGGAUUUCGUAGUAAAUACACAUACGACAUUUGUAUACAAGAUUUUCUCUGUGCAGAUAAAGAAUAUGGAGAGUUGUGUGAUUCUGUGGAAAAUUGGAUAACUCUGGAUGUACAUCAGAUUAGUGUAAUAAGUAUUCUAAAGAGUUUUGUUGUUAAAAACGUUCUGUGUUUUCAACCAAAAGGGGGAUCACACCGGUUUCAUUCUUUGGAGAUUUUUACAAGUACUGGAUCAACUUAGCUAUUUAAGGAUUUAAGUCUACAACGAUGAAGCGACCAGACUGUUUGUAUACGUUCAUAUGUGUUUAUAUUUUAGUCCAGAUUCCUCCCUUGGCGGACGGUAUCCGAUGGUUAUCACUCGCAAGGAUGAACAGCGUGGCAGCAAUACAAGUACCAGAAAUGUGUGAUUCCUUACUAGGAUUAGUAAAAAGACAGAAGAAAAUUUGUAGAAAAAAUUUAGAAGUGAUGGAAAGCGUAAAACAUGGUGCGCAUUCCGCCAUAGACGAGUGCCAAUUUCAGUUCCGUAAUCGCCGGUGGAAUUGUAGUACUGUUAAUGCAAAAAAGGUUUUUGGAAAUGUUCUUAAAUUAGGUACCAGAGAAGCGUCAUUCGUACAUGCCAUAUCAGCGGCCGGAGUUGCACAUGCGGUGACGCGCGCGUGCAGUAGUGGCGCCCUCUCUAGGUGUGGUUGUGAUCGAUCGAUAACGGGACGGAGUCCCAAGGGAUUCGAGUGGUCUGGGUGUUCAGACAAUAUAGCGUACGGUACAGCAUUUUCAAAACAAUUCGUUGAUGCACGUGAGAGAAGAAGGAAUAUUAAAAAUUCUGGAAGGAAACUUAUGAAUUUACAUAAUAACGAAGCAGGCAGAAAGGCUGUCGAGGAUAAUAUGGUUAGACAGUGCAAGUGCCACGGCGUUUCUGGAUCCUGCGAGCUGAAGACCUGUUGGAGAGCCAUGCCUUCUUUCAGAGAUAUCGGACAAAUUGUGAAAGAAAAAUUCGACGGAGCAACCGAAGUGAAACUGGAUAGAAAUAAGUUACGGCCUCGCCUAAUUCCAGUAAACCCACAAUUUAAACCUCACACUAACUCAGAUUUAGUUUAUCUGAUCGCUUCCCCUGACUUUUGUGAGCCCGACCCGAAAACGGGGUCCCUCGGCACCACGGGGAGGGUAUGCAACAAGACAUCGAAAGCUAUAGAUGGCUGUGACUUAAUGUGCUGUGGUAGAGGCUAUGAGACCCGUAGGCGAAAAAUUGUGGACAGGUGUUCGUGUAAGUUCCACUGGUGUUGUUACGUCACGUGUAAAAAAUGUGAACGAGAAAUUGAUGAACACACGUGUAAAUAAAGGAGAGCCUUAUCCUCCUACAGACACAAGAAUCAAAAGUCUAACAGGGCCAAACGAGGAAAGCUUCCGGUUAGCAUGCGGGCAUGCGCAUUGCCUGUGCAGUUGCCAUAAGUCCCAAACAUUUGAUUGGAAUGUCCUUCCAUCUAAUUUCGGAACCGGAAGUUAAGCCGGAAGUUACAAAAUGUGCUACAUCUGUGCUAUAAUGACAAUGGACUUAACCGAAGCCAGCGGAACCACACAUGCAAACACACAAUGAUGCAUUGUACCACGGGUAGUUCAGUGCCAGCUAAAGCGAGUACUGAGCAUUUGAGUAAAUGCCUAUUACGAGAAAUGGACGAUGAUGUAUGGUAUGUGUUGGUCAAGAUACACAACAAGCCAUGUGUGACUCAAAAUGCCUUGACUACCUAAUCAUGUGUGUCGAUGAUAUUACAUAUACUCUAUGGUUGAUAUUCUAGGCUAAGAUUAUGCAUCUCUGUACAGAAUAUCGUCGAAACAAUUCCAUUUACGUCGUUUCCAUGGGAACAUGAUAGGACAUAUAGAGUAUUUAUUAUAAUAUUUUUGUAGAUUAAAAUCUAUUAUUGUUGAGAUAAUAGAGAUAAUAUAAGGAUAAGAUUAUGAUACCGAUAUCAUUAUUAUUUAUUCGUAUGGAUAGAAUCAUUUUUAUUCGUUAGUGCCAGUAACAUUUUGAAUUUGUAUAUGGCUGUGUUCUAUAAACCAUAGCUACAAGAUUAUCUGAAGUAAUUCACAUAAAAUCGCUCGCGUAUAGGGCAGGUGCGAGCGCACGAGGCUGUGCGCAUGCGUACAACCUAAUUGUGUCAGAAAGUCGUUAGCCAAUCAUUUCAAUCUUUAUCGCGGUAUAUGAUACAGACAUACAUAUAUAUAUACUUUCUUUCAUCAGUUCCGCCGUAUCAUACACCACACAACAUCACCUGUUUUAAAGGAAUUAUCCGGCCGGUGCUACCCACGCGAGCUUCAUCCGGCGUACCAACAUUUUUUUUUCGUUUCUAUUGUUGUUUAAGUUAGAAAAUUCUGUCUUUCAAUCUUCAAUGUUCUUUCUGAUACAUCUGCAACGAUUUCAUCCAUUUAAGACACUUUAAACAACGCUUGCAUGGUAGAAUUUGAAAUAAUUACCUAUGAUAUUUUGCUUUAGAUUAAGAGAUAGUUGAGACAAAAAUGAGGUUGAGAGGUUGAGAGUUAAGCGAGAGAGAGGAAUAAGAAUGUUUCUGAUAGGCAUUUACCCGUAUAUAUUAAAUUACCUCACUUACGUUUUUUUCGAGAUGAUAGAUUUUGAUCUUGAUAUUGAUAUUAAUUUUCAUCCUAAUUCGUAUAUUGGAUCAGUCCCUAUUUAUGUAUACAUCGUAGGCCUAUUCUUGCCUAUAUGUGUUCUCGUUCAUUGCAUGAUAUACAUAUGAUACUACGUCAUACUGAUGACGUCACUGAAUUAUUAUAUAUAUUAUACAAUUUUUUGUAUUAUUUCGAAACAAUAUGAUCGACUAGAUACAGAUAUUCUGGCAAUAUAAUUUAUUUAGAAUAACUAGACAAUUUGCUGUCUGUUUUUUAUGAACACGAGAUCAGUUAAAAUGUCAUCAAAUAUGUCUAAAUCGUAAUACCAUUUUGACUAUGGAUCUAGACUUACAUAGUUUAGCUGUAGUAAAUGUCGUCAAUUAUACUACAACCUCAUGUACAUUAUUGACAUUAAAAUGACGUCAUUCUCUUGGAAUCUCGGAAAUCAUGCACUUAAUAUAUAAUGUUAUAGGGCUAGGUAAGGGUAUUUUAUUUGAUAUGAUAGUAAAAUAAUGUGAUAUGUCCUUAAUACAUGUUCCUAUGAAAAGUGUGUUGAAAUAGACAUUUGUGUUACGUGAAACUUAUGUUGAAAUUGACAUUUCUGUGACGUGAAAGUUGUGUUGAAAUAGACAUUUAUGUAACGUGAAAGUUGUGUUGAAAUUGACAUUUCUGUAACGCGAAAGUUGUAUUGAAAUUGACAUUUCUGUGGCGUGAAACUUGUGUUGAAAUAGACAUUUCUGUGACAUGAAACUUGUGUUGAAAUUGACAUUUCUGUGGCGUGAAACUUAUGUUGAAAUUGACAUUUCUGUAACGUGAAACUUGUGUUGAAAUUGACAUUUCUGUGGCGUGAAAAUUGUGUUGAAAUUGACAUUACUCUCGCGUGUGAAUGUUCGUAGCAAUAUUUCUUGCAGUAAGAGAAGAAAUAAUGUAUUUAAAAAGAAAAUCAAAAUGUGAUAUGUUUCGCUGAGCUUACAAUUCUAUAGUGCUGCAGACAUAUAUGUAUCUGUGUUGUUUCGUAAAAGGCUAUUGAGAAUGCAGGUCAUACAAUAUUGUUGUGGGAAAAAAACAGAAAUAUUAAUAAGACAGCAAAAAUGCAGGAU